AUGGAUAUCAAUGGGGUUGAGUCUGGAGAUCUAAAGGAGAAGUCUUCUUUCUUCAAAGACGUAGUGAUCAAAAACUAUCAUCCGAUAUGGAACGUUGCAUUUAUGACCACUGGAAUAUGUUCUGGGGUACUAUUUAGGUUUCCGUACGAGUUUGGCGUUUUCCGCAUCUUUGGGCUGAUCAUGUGGGCCAUAUCGCUUUUACUGUUCCUCAUGGUGAAUGUGUUUCUCAUUCUAAAGCUAUAUUGGUUUCGAGGGUUUGGAGUGCAACUUGCUACCGAAAUCCAGUUCAAUGUGUUUCUUGCUCCGUAUUCCAUGGGUUUUAGCACCAUCAUCAACAUGAUCCACCUGGUGACGGCCCACUACCACAAGAGCUUCAAAGUUGGGCUGGUGAUCAUGUGGUUUUUGAAUUUUAUCAUGGCGUUGCUCUGUGGGUGGGGUUUAGUUUUCGUGCUAUUUUGGAAGAGUAAGAUAGACCAGGCACAACUGAACCCGCAACUGAUUCUGCCGAUACUACCGUUGACCGUGUGCGGGUCCUGUGGAGCGCUGAUUUGCUCGGCGUUCGUGUCGUACUCAAGCCGGCUUCAGCUGAUGAUGAUUCUAUUGACGUAUCUACUUUGGGCCAAUUCCGUCAUCAUCGGGGUUUGCCUGAUCGGCAUUUUCAUCUGGAAGAUGCUCAUUUACAAGCUCCCACCCAAACAGCUACUUUUUAGUCCGUUUGCGCCUAUCGGGCUGAUAGGUCACGGUGCGUGGGGAAUUAUUCUAAACGGGAAUAAUCUCCACACCUAUUUGGUAGCACACCCCUUGAAGGGCCAGAUUGACUCUGUGCAGCUAGGAACUAGCAUCAAGUUCAUGACAGGGAUGAUUGGUCUUUCGCUCAUUGCCAUAGGCUUCUUCUUUACGUUUCUAGGGUUUGCCAUGUGGGCGGUGUAUGGCCUGCCAAAGUUUAACAAAACGUACUGGAUCGUGCCUUUCCCAGUUUGCGCGUUGAGUUUGGGAAUCACCGAGUUCUACAACACUUUCGGCGUAGGCCCGUUUCGUGUCGUGGGAACCAUCUACGCAACAUUCGGCGUGCUGAUGGCGCUUUGCUGUCUCGUCGGAAGCGUCUUUUACGAGGUGCCGUACGGCAAGCGGAAAUUAUAA